AUGGGCAACAAAUUCAAUCAUUCACAAAUAUUUCCUAAUAACCCAAUGCUCAUGUGUAUAUGCGGUAGUUCCGGUUCUGGGAAAACUCAUCUCACUUUUAACAUGUUGACAACACCAAACCUUUUAGAUUUCGAUUCUUUGUAUAUCUACACAACAACACCAGAGCAAUCGUAUUAUCAAUUUCUUAAAAGCUUUAGAAUAUCUACCAAAGAAAGACGUUCAAGACCUAUUUCAAUAUUACGAAGAAACGAAGAAGAAGUGGAAAUAAAAGAUAUCUUAAAUAACUACAUCGAAGGAAAGAAACCAACGGAUAUAAAAGUUUUUCUUACGAAAAAUGUUAAUAAUCUAGACUUGUCUUAUAUUGAUAGCAAACGAAAGAACUUAAUAUUGUUUGACGACUGCGUGGCGCAAAGAAAUCAAACUGUUCACAACUGUUACUGCAUAUACCAAUCCCAAUCUUUUUACGGGAUGGAUUCUAUGUUUAUUAGAAAAAAUGCAAAUUUUUUUUUAUUAUUUGAAUUAAACGAUAAAGAUUUAUCUCAAAUCAUUCAGUCGAUAAAUCACGGAAUGGACAGAGAUGCAUUUAAAAAGGUUUGGAAAGCUCAAUGGAAAAACCCAGAUGAACAAGGAUAUGUAUUCGUUAAUACUAGAAAACCUGCGGGUGAAAGAUCGGCAUAUGUUAAUUUUAUUUUUUUAAAAAUGGAUAAUUGGAAUAAUAUUUUAAAAAGAAAUAGAGAAUAUAUCAAAGCUAAGAAUAAAAUAAAGAUCCAAGUUGAAAAUAACAGAUUACAACAACUCGGAUUAACGGAAAAUCUACAAACUCUAUUUCAACCCAUAUUAAAAUCUCAAGAGGAUAUUAAAAAGAAAUUAGCACCUAAACAAAUUCAACAAUCACCGGUUCCUUCUAUAGAAUAUCCCAUUAAAGAUGAUGAGGAAUCAGAUGAUUAUGCAGAAGAUUAUCCACCAAUCAUACAAGAAAUAGAUGAAGAUAUGGUAUCUGGAGAAGGUAUAACGUUUUUAUCCGACAACAACGAGGAAAUACUUAAUAGAUUACAAAUUAUAUUAGCGGCAAUGAAGGAAGGACAUCCAUCGCACAGACAAUAUAAUUAA